AUGGCAGAAGCCAUCUUUAAACAUAAAGUCAAAGAAGCCGGAUUAGAAGAUAAAGUUGAUACAAUUGAUUCAUUUGGUAUUAUAGGGUUCCAUACUGGUGAUAGUCCUGAUUCCAGAUCCAUCAGAACUUGUCAUAAACAUGGUGUACCAAUUAACCAUCAAUCGCAACAAAUUUCCAAGGAUGAUUUCUACAAGUUUGACUAUUUGAUGGCCAUGGAUGAAGGUCAUCUCUCAGAUUUACAUUUCAGUAAACCAAGAGAUAGUAAAUGUAUUGUUAAAUUAUUUGGUGAAUGGAAAACUGAUGAUAAAUUGAAUAAAGUUGUUGUUGAUCCAUAUUACAGCAACAGUAAAGCUUUUGAAUACAAUUUCCAACAAUUGAGUCAUUUCACUGAUGUUUUCAUACAACAAGAACUCUCUUGA